UGAGCCAGAGAUCUUGCGUCAUGUUACGUUUUCUUAUACUCUUUUCAUCGCUGGUCGUUCUCAGCGGCAGCUCGGCUACAGCUUUGAAUAGCCUAUUGAAUGAUGUGCAGCAAUCACUUAAUUUGCUCCACUUGAGCCUCGAGACGCCCUUGAAGUUAUUCAAUGCAGCCCUGGACACUGUCAACGAAAAAUCCAAAUUUGCACCCGUUAAGCGAGUCACCACUGAAGUGAGCGACUCCAGCGAAGUGAUUACUAUUGUAAAAGCUCCACAGUCAGCUUUGCCCCUUUCACAUACCGAGAGGCCAAGCUACAAUCCCGUACGUAUGUGGGAUGCAAAUGACAUUCCAUUCAAAGGUGGCCCUAAAAAGGCGCUAGCAAAGCUAUUGCCUGACGACCUAGCCAGAGGAGCAGCUCGCUAUCCACCCAGCAGAAACCUGAAUCCCGGGAAGGCAACGCAACAAGCUCCUAGCUCACCUGGAGACCCACCCAAAGGAGAUGUGCUUCCCACUGCGGCUGAUUUGUUUUCAACUCUAACUGGUUGGCUUAAUGGUUAGCGCCUUGAUGAUUAAUUG